GGGGAUUCCGAGCCUCGUUUUGAAAGUGACACAUCACAACGAGACACCAGGGCACAAGGGAGGAAGAUCAGACAGAGAGAAAAAAACAAGGUGGUAUUGCAGUAAUUAUACUUGGAAGUAUGCAGAUACCAGAUCUGGAGCUGUGACUGUAUGGAUUAAGGGAAAGUUGGAGAGCCUAAAGGCAGUGUUUAGACUUACAUCAGACAAGACAAAAUGGAGCUGCAACCUGUAGGAUCCUCUUAUAAACGCAUGAAAGAAGAUCAUGGCACUUUCAGUGAUGCUCCAGUUAUCUCUACUACUGAGAGCUCAGUGGACCAUGCUAACUUCACAGUGGAAGAUGCAGUGGAGACCAUUGGGUUUGGAAAGUUCCAGCUGAAACUAUUUGUACUCUGUGGCAUUUUUACAGCUUCAGAUGCCAUGGAGAUGUUACUACUGGCAGUGCUGGGUCCUGUGUUGAGAUGUGAGUGGCUACUCGAGGAAGUACAAGUUGCCUUUAUCACAACGGCAGUGUUUAUUGGCAUGUUUUUGGGUGCUCCAGGCUGGGGAAAAUGUGGAGAUACAUAUGGAAGAUGGCCUAUGCUGCUUCUUGUUGGCCUGUGGAUCAGUUUCUUUGGCUUCCUGAGUUCCUUCAGCCCAGUGUAUGGCUGGAUAUUGGUGCUGAGAGCGCUGGUGGGUUUUGGAAUAGGAGGGGCAUCCCAGGCGUUUACAAUUCUGGCAGAAUAUCUCCCUAGAAAGCACAGAGCCAAGACACUUAUUAUAUAUCAUAUUUUCUGGGCCACGGGUAGCUGUUUUGAGAUCAUCCUUGCCAUGGCUGUAGUUCCUACCAAAGGCUGGAGGUGGCUGGCUGCUCUGUCUGCCAUACCACUGGGGGUCAGCUGCUUCUUCUUUUAUUUCAUCCCAGAAUCGGCAAGAUAUUUGAUGGCUGCUGGGGAUCGCGAAAAAGCCAUGAAGAUUCUUAGGGAAGCAGCAAAGUUAAACAAUGCAGAGCUGCCAUCAGGAGAGUUACAGAAGUCACCAGUGCUGGCCAGAGGCAAAUUUGCAGAUAUAUUUUCUGCUGAAUAUAGAAGAACAACAUUUCAGAUUUGGCCCAUAUGGUUUGGUAUUGCCUUCAGUUAUUAUGGCAUUAUAUUAGCAAGCUCUGAAAUCUUAGAAUUUCACAAGUCAUGUACAGGGUCAGGUACAGAAGUGAUUCAGACAGAGCAAGGUUGCCAUUGUAAUCCACUAGGUCAUGCUGACUAUAUAACCAUGAUAUGGUCAUCUUUAGGGGAAUUUUUAGGUUUGCCAAUUAACUUAUUUCUGAUGGAUCUCAUUGGACGACAGAAAACCCUUGCAGUGAGUCUGGUCGGCACUGGAGUCUUCUUCCUCCUCAUACAGCUGUGCGUCUCCCGUGGUGUUCUGACCUUCUUCUUGUUUGGUGCUAGAGCCUUGUCUUCUGCCGUCUUCAACACGGUUUAUAUCUAUACAACAGAGGUCUAUCCCACAACUGUUCGAGCAUUAGGAUUGGGUUCCAGUAGUGCCAUGGCGAGGUUAGGUGCCAUGAGCACUCCUUUUAUAUCACAGGUAUUACUUAAUGCCUCCCUAGUAUCUGCCUUGUGGGUUUAUGGUGCCAUUGCUUUCCUAUGUGCAAUAGAUGCCCUGCUACUUCCAAUAGAGACCAGGGGAAGAGCAAUGGCUCAAUCAACAUAAAUACUCCAUCCUCCAGCCAAGAGAUUACAAGUCGUUCCCCUAGCGUGUUCUCGGGUGAGCCCCAAGUGAAUAUUUCCUGGGUUUCUAAGGACCAAAGAGAACCUGUGGAUUCUAGAUUUUAAACAUUAGAUAUCAUGUCACUUAUUAUUUAGGUCACAUGUUUUUAAAACCGUUCAGAACAUAAGACACACUGGUACCUUAUGAAAUAUUUAAGCAUCAGGGUGGUAAAAAUCUAUUCAGAGAUCCCAAUAAUUACAUUUUAGACAUUGUUUUUCUGUUUUUUCGUGUGUAAGAUAAAGAUUGAUAUAUUUUUCACCUUAUUCAUACCUUUUUGCUUUUUAAGAAAUGAUGAGAUAAACGUGUGGUACAUUUUACAAUCUUGGUUUUAAAGGAACAACAAUUAUAAGAAUAAAAAUGUGAUGAAAGGCCUUAGACAUUAUACUCAUAUUCUUAAUUUUUUCUUUCUCGUUCCAUUGUUCUGUAUAAAUCCUCAGAUUUCUUUGAUUACUUACACCCCAUUCCCAUAGACACCAUUCGUCUACGAGGAUCAACCCAAAUCUGCAGGGACACUCACUAAGUGCGAUCAGCUAACUGAAUGACACACCUCCACUUGUUUCCAACAUGCUCUUAGACCCCAUUCCCAUAGA